ACUCUGGUUUGAAGAGAAAUUCACUCCUCCUUCCCACCCACACAUGCAGGUUUGUGUCGAGCUCUGUCUGACGUGCUUUCACACCGACUGCUGAGAGAGGAUGAAACUCAGAGCACGACCACUUGUCUCAUGAUAAAAUGGCAUUGUGGCUGAAACAGGCAGUUCUGCUGCUCACAGGAGCAGCCAUGGCGGGAUAUUCACAAGAAAUCAGUCUGAGUUCUCCUGGUGAUCUAUCACAUAAGGAUCGGGUGAAUACUUCUGCUCGCUCUCUGAAGUUCCUCUGUGACAUACCAACUAAAAGUUCCCGCUAUCGAGUGACUUUUUAUUUCAGGGAUUCAAAUAGCAAGAAUAGUUUCUUCAAGUGUAGCACAGCGAUUUAUGGAAAUUUAAAUGCCUUCACUACAUCACCAAAAAAGAAACAGAUGAAUCAAACAGAUCCCAACAUGAAGUGCUACAAUAAAACAUGGAAAAUACAAAACAUUACCAGAGAAAACAAUGGAUUUUACUCUUGUGAAAUCCAUAUAGAGAUUCCUGUACUACAUACAACUAAGAGCCGGGAAGUGGAAGUUCUCUUUGUACCAUUGGGAAAUGAUACUUCCUCAGAAAACAACCUAAUCUCCUUGCUGCGGCUUUGGCUCCCGUUGGGUCUGGGUUCUCUCUUCGUGGUCAUCCUGGUGGUUCUAUGUGUGAUCAUCAGAAGAGCGUGCAUCAGAGACAGAGCCACACUAGACCCCGUCUAUGCAAACACCCACCGCAAGACCAAGGACCGCUCCCCCCGGCCUCCGCAUGUGCCCCGGCCUGACCAGCUGAAGCUGGCCGAGCCCUAUGAGAACCUGAGGACCCCGAGCCCCGCCAGGAGGUACGAAGAGGGCAAACGCAGACCCAGACCCUGACCAAAGUGGGGACGCACAGGAUAAUCCUCCCGCCCUGUCCUAAUGUCAUCCACUAUUUUCUCUUUCUUUCUUCUCCUUCUUUUUUUUUUUUUGUAGACUAGGCGUCUGCAACCUGAGGGCCUGGAGCCCACAUGACAGUUUUAUCAAUCAAUUGUGGCUCUUACUUUAAAGAAAAAAUGUUAUUUUGGUUAAUUUCAUUUAUGUAACUAAGCUUUGUCAAUUAUAUUUAGAUUUUUUACAUGUCAGAUAACUGAACAAAAUGAUGGUAGAAUGUUUACUCAGUUUAUUAUUAGAAUAAACUCAAAGCUCAUAUCAUAUCUCCUGCAGCUCAACAGUGUCUAGUUGCUGUUCAGAGCCAAAGUUCUGUUGGAUUUAUGCACAUUGACUUUUUUCAAGAACAACCAAUGUUGUCAUGUUCAUAUUUGAUAGUAAAAGAAGAAAACUACUGAAAGCUCACCAAAAUCACAAUGCUAUAAAUGCCAUGUUUGACUCGAGUUUCUUGCCAUUUUAAUUCAAGUAAAUUUGCUGAUUUU